ACGAUAUCGAAGGCCCAAGCCAUUGAAGCCACAAAUUCAUGUUCCCACUCUCCUCAUCUUCAACAUCCCAUAAACAAUCAAAUUUCUGAUAUUUUUCUUUCUUUUGAGAAAGAAAAUGGCGGUCCUUCAGUCAUCUUUCGCCAUGAAACCAAUCCAACAAUCCCUUUCAUCAUCCGUAUCUCUUUCUUCUCCCGCAAGCCUAUUCCUCGACACCAAAUUCUCUCAACUCAGACUGACCCCAGCAACCACCGCCAAUGUCCCCUUCAAAACGACGACGAUUCGGAUGGGUGGAGGCCCCAGGACCUAUCCAGGAGGGGUUUCCAAGUGGCAAUGGAAGCGUAUGCAAAUGAAGAAGUCCAAGCAGCUCCUUAAAGCCCGGCUGGCGCGUGAGCGCCAGAUAUACGAGAUGCGCAAACGCGCCGAGCUCAAAGCCGCAAUCUCCGAGCUCGAGAGGCCAUGGGAGGUGGUUGAGAAGGCCCCCACUUUGUUCUCCGUCAGCGCCGAUGAACAAUUGAAGGUAUUGGCGGACCGGUUCCAGAGGCCGGGAGGGUUUGAUAUGUGGUCCGACAAAGACGGACCCGAAUUGCUCAAAUCCGAAACCGAUCUCCCCUCAGCUAGGUUUUUCCCCAAAGGCGUUGUUCAUAGCAUUAAACCUUAUGGAAAAGUUGAGAAUAUCAGUGAUGAUGAGAGUGAAGAUAAUAGGACAUUAGGAAAGAACAAAACCAGCUUCGAAUGGGACACGGUCAAGGCUAAUUCUUUGAACAGGGAAAGAAAUGUUUCUCAUUCAGGUGAGCAGAAUUUGAAGGGAAUGCCUUACAACAAUAGAAAUGAUAAGGUUAUGAAGAAUAAUUUCAGGAAAGGGAACCGGAGGAAGUAUAACCCUAACUUGGAGAGAUUGAGUUCUGAUAAAGUUGGAGUAAGGUUAAAUGAUGGGAACAAUCGCGGACGAGUUAAUAGUGCAAACGAAUUUAGAAGACAAAAUGGGAGAACAAAAUAUAAUCAUUCCAAAUCUGCAGUGUUUGAUAUGAGUCUGCAGAGUGAUGGAAGUUAUGAGUUUCAAGCAGAGAAUUGAGCAUGUAAAUUAAGUUUUAGAUAGCUGGAAAUGUUGUUGAAAGUGAAAAAGGAGUCCCAGUUGUUGAAGAAUCUGCAUUAAGCUAGUUUUAUUGAACUGAGGUUUGCAGCUUUAUUUGGAUUGUGCACCAACCUAGCAAGAUGACAAUGUUUAGAAAAUAUGAGGUACAAAUCAUCUUUGCUCCGGCAGUACUUUGUACAUUACUUUUGCUUAUUGACCUGUGAAAUGUGUAUUCUAGACUAAUGAGAAUUAUAGUUGGUAUUUAACAUGGUUAAGUGUCUGAUACUUAUCUACAUUUAUUUUUGGUGGCAAUGAGUUUUGAUGACUGUUUUUACUGUUCCUUUCUACUCAAAUCAUUUAGGGAAAAUUUUUAUCAGUAAAAGAUGCAGCAUAAGUGCAUAACUGAAGACAAAAUAGAUUUUCAAUUUGAUUGAGGAAAACUUUUGCAGCUUUGCGAUUCUUAUAGUGUAUUGUGGGAUAGAAAAACUGUUUAACCCACGAGUUCAUGAGCACAUUGCAGCAGUGCACUUGGGAAGCCCGUUGCCACCAUACUACAGGUCCCUUGUAGGUCACCACUCACCACUGGUUUAAUUUCCAUGUUAAAUUAUAUAUGCAAUGGUCUCCCUGAGAGUUCUCUUUUUUCAUUUUUUUUUCCUAAAAAAAGUUGUGUAUUAUAUUCAGUUGAAAAAGUACAUGGGGUUUGUUUUUCAAAUUUCCAUGUGCACAGGAAAUCAAGAAUCAAGUGCUUCUAGUUUGCUUUUUGCCAUUUUUGGUUUUUAUAGUUGAAGGUGAUAGCUCUAUGAAACUGGGAUAACAUUUGUUUCUAUCCUAUCAUGCCUGUAUUAUGAUGAGAUCACGUAAAAGUAACCCCACAUGAAAUUAGGGUGGAAAUGCUGUGAGGAUUAAAAAGAAUGUGAUAUUUGAUGUUUUCAUAUCAGUCUGCUAGUUCUCCAAUAAAUGAUGUUUACAUAAAAAGGCCACCAUUGCAAAUUAGAGAAACCAAUCACUUUUGAACAAAUGCACCAUAUCUACACAAGUGUUCAAACCUCUCGUGCAAGCUUACUGAGAAGUACGGUACGCUCUUUUAAUUGUGACUUGAAGUAAUGCACAAAUAAAUAUGUAGAAGAAUUCCCUCUGUUUGAAUCUAAUUGGAUUUGUUAGGUGUUCAGUUUUUUUCCUUCAAAACAUAUAAAAUGGGAGGGCUAUGGUUGCUGAGUAAAUUUCACCUACAACUGUGGUCAUUCCAUGCUGAUUUUGUUCGUUGUGCAGCAUCCUUAAGAGGAACAUUUAUGCAUAUCUUAGCUUCUGGGUGCUCUUUUAGAGGUGGCAUGAGUUUAAGCAAAAAAAAAAAAAAACAAAAGAUGAAUGGGGUUUCACCAUUAAAAAAAAAAAAAAAAACUACAUCUUGCCUUCAACCUCCAAAUUUUCUUGGUGUUUUGUGCUGUUUCAAAUGCCAGGCUCUUGUGAUUGCAUUUACUCUUGCUUCUGCCAAUGGCCUUUGCUCCUCAAAGGUGCUCAUCGUGUUCUCUCGUUUCAUUUCUCUUUUGCUUUGUUAUGAGUAGACUCUAAUUAUAGAAGGCUCAUUUAAUCUCGUUUCAUUUCUCUUUUGCUUUGUUAUGAGUAGACUCUAAUUAUAGAAGGCUCAUUCAAUGUCGUAUCAUACUCAGACUAAUCUUAGUUUGUAUCUAACUGGCCUAAUUAAGGGGCAAAGUGCUUGCUAUAUUUGUUUUUUCAUACGAAAA